AUGGCGCCGAAAGCUAAAAAGGAAGCUCCUUCCCCUCCCAAAGCUGAAGCCAAAGCAAAAGCUUUGAAAGCCAAGAAAGCAGUGUUGAAGGGUGUCCACAGUCAUAAAAAGAAGAUUCACAUGUCACCUACCUUCUGGCAACCCAAGACACUGUGGCUCUGGAGGCAGCCCAAAUAUACCCGGAAGAGCGCUCCCAGGAGAAACAAGCUUGACCACUAUGCCAUCAUCAAAUUCCCUCUGACCACUGAGUUAGCCAUGAAGAAGACUGAAGACAACAACACAUUUUUUUUUACUGUGGAUGUCAAGGCCAACAAAUACCAGAUCAAACAAGCUAUAAAGAAGCUCUAUGACAUUGAUGUGGCCAAGGUUAACACCCUGAUCAGGCCUGAUGGAGAGAAAAAGGCUUAUGUUCAACUGGCUACUGAUUAUGAUGCUUUGGACGAUGCCAACAAAUUGGGAUCAUCUAAACAGAGUCCAGCUGUCUAA